CGGACGCGCGUUGAUGGAGAAAGAAUCGAAUAAUUCGAAAGAGGAAAAAAUGCUAUCCUCCAAAAUUGGCCAAGAAAACAACAGCACAGCUAGGUCUACCGUAAAAAAAAGUUCCCGAUUUCAAUGUUGCAAGCACCCGGCCGGAUACAUCAAAGCAACGGAACCAUUCAGAGACACUGCCAGAGGGAAUGGUAACCGCCCAUCCCCAUGGGCACAUCCCCCGCCCACCAUCGACAGCCAAGAAGAUUCCUCAUUCAACCUCGGAACCUCCAGUAGGAGUAACCCAGGACCUGCCGUCUCCGAGUCAAGGACCCCUCACGAGAUUGGCCGACACCCCUACCCCCGCCCCUACCCCUGCCCCUGAUCCUACCCACGGCUUCGUUGCAAGUUUCAGUUUCGUCGGUACCAUGCUGCUCAUCUGUGGAACCAUCCUCAUCCUGAUUUCAUCCCCGUCGCAAAGAGCCUACCCAAGCCAUCGGGACUCCAAAACAUCCACCGUGACAAACGAUGGAACCUCUCCGGGCAUCCAGACAGUUUUCCCCGGUGUGACCGUCGGCAUCGCCCUGCUGUGUCUGGGGAUUUUUGCUUAUGUAACAGCCGUCACGAUCUACUUCAAAGGAAACUGUCUUCAUCAGGCAACAGAAAAUGAAGUGUCCCAACGAAAUAUCGACGGCGGUCUUUCGCCCCGUCACGUGCCGGCAGUGCAGGCAACGCCUUUGCGCCGCCCGUACAUGGAAUUUCGAGUUGUGCUAGUCCCGUUGAGAAGUUAUCAAGAAUAUGAAUUAUGAAAAGAAAAUUAUUAUCAACGUGAACCGAAAGCAUCACUUUUGGCCUAAAUAUUAUUUCCUUUCCAAAAUACUGCGAUGAUAUUGUGUUUUAAGUUGACUAAUAACAUUUUACAUAAUGACUUGUCAGACGCUGGGUUUAAAAAAAAACAUUUAAAUAGGUAACGCAUUGAAACCGACUUGACGCCCAAAAAAAUGAACUUGGAUUUCUCUUUCUAAUUCGCGUGAAGUCACGUGACCUUAUAAUUUUGUUUUUACAGCUCCACAUUUCUACGUUAAAAUUGAGUAUUUAAGAAUAAAUUUAACCACUCAUUAUAAAUUCA